AUGAGACGACAUUCCCCCGACAACGAGAAUGAUGUGGAGGUAACCUAUGGCAACGACGGCCGACGCUCUCCAAAGGAAAAUUUUUACCAAUUCAAUCCAUUUGGGCACAGUGAGGAUGAUGAUGUUGAAGAAUUCUUUGACGAGAACAGCUACAAUGAGUAUGCUGACGAUGACGAAAACCCCAAUCGAAUCUUCUUUGAUCCCAAGAAAACAGCAGUGCUGAAUGAGGGGGUACAUGAAAUUCCAGGUUCACCAUGGGCCAAGCCGGCAAACAGACCAUCCACUCGACCAACAGAACCACUGCAAAUUGCACGAUAUGCUUCCGCUAUUGCAUUCACCCUGACAUUUGGUUGGUGCAUAUCUAUAUUUGUACUCGCUAUCUGGAACUAUUCGUCUAUUGGAAGAAUCAUUGUGGAGGUUAUCCUUGGUAUUCUUUCAUUUUUUGGGCUGUUUUGGAACUCAUAUUUCACUGUAUCCAGCAUAUUCAAAUGCUUCAUUCCAUCGCGAGCGUUCAAGACAAAUACAAAGUACUGCUCCAUGAUACCGGAAGAAAAGGCUGCAACCGCUUCAUGGUCCAAUGUAACAAUCCAAAUCCCAGUGUACAAAGAAUCGCUACAAGAAGUAGUGAUGCCAACUCUGAAAAGCUGCAUGAGAUCGAGAGACUACUAUAUGCGAAAAAGUAGAGCACGUUGCAAUAUUGUUGUUUGUGAUGAUGGAAUCAUGGCAUUCCUAAAGAAUAACUUUGCGGCGGCAGAAAUGCUUUGGGAAACAAUUUCGAAAACGGAUGGAAAGAUAUUCAAACUGAGUCAGCUCCUCCAACGAGUUCCACGGCCGUCUCGCCGCCACUUGAAGGGUCUCAAGAGUCACAGUGUCUACGAAGUCUUUCAUAGAAUGCUCUUUUACUAUCACUACGAUAUUGGAUUCGUAGCACGGUCCACCUGGGACCGAAGAGGAAAGUUCAAGAAGGCUUCCAAUCUCAAUUCACAUUUACGACUUGUGUGGGGUGCCGAACAGGUUGCCAAGACGAAUGAUUUUUCCCUAGAGCAAUCCUUUUUGGAAGUAUCGCACAACUCGGACGGAUCCAGAGAUACCAUGUUUGGGAAUGACAUUUCGAUCGGCCACCUCAUCAUUGUCAACGAUGCCGAUGCCCGCAUGGCCGAAACAGUCAUUCUUAAGACCGUGCCUGAGUUUUUGAACGAUAAGUUUUUGGGGUUUACUCAGCAUGCAACAAAGACAUUGGACGACCAGCGCGGAGAAUCAUAUUACAUCAACAUGCUGUCAGCGUAUACGGAUGCGCUAUACCAAGGUCAUUUCCUGUUAAGUUCUAUUCUCGGUUGUCACCCUCCAUUGGUUGGACAUUCCAUCUUUCUGAGAAGUGAGGCUGUGAAACAAUGCGGACGUAUCCGAACACUGCGAAAGACGCAACGGUGGCUGCACAACAUUGGGCUACCUUUUCUUAGCGUUGAUCAGGUCGGUUUGAACAACCUGCAGGAUCACGGUAGUACAGAGUACUGGUCCGAGUGUCACGUUUCCGAGGAUUUUGAGUUGAUGAUCCAUCUCUACAAUCUUGGAUUCAAUGGUAGAUAUGUUGCCUAUCCCGACUGCGAGUUCCAAGAGGGAAUCACAAGAACCUUUGACGAAGAGGCUGGUCGACACCGAAAGUUUGCAUUGGGAGGACACGAACUCAUGUUCAAUCCUAUUAAUAGCUGGAUCGGACAGGGAAUUUUCUCUCCGCUGUUCAACACAUUUCUACGAUCAGACAUUCCAAGUUACUACAAGAUCUUUCUUACGGCGUACUUGUUUUCCUACACGAGUGGUGGAGCAUAUCUUCUAGUGUUUUCCACCGCAGCCAUUGCCAAAAUUAUCGACAAGGAAUCGGAAGUAAGCUAUCUUAUGGCCUUCAACAGUGCCGGCGUAUUGAUAUUGAGUAUUGUGGUGUACUAUGUCAUUGGAUAUUCUACCUUUUUGUUUUCCAUGGUUCGCAUGCACAUGAUCAACAAGAACCUUCUCUUUCCAAAGUACCGAAAGCGCGGUGUUUGCCAUUUGAUUUACAAAAUGGUCAGAUAUUCGAUGCUCUUCCAAAUCCUUUUCUACACUGUCAUGGGGAACUACUUCUUUCUUGGUUCAAUGGAUCAUCUGAUGUCGAAAAGUGCUAUCGUCUCGGCCACGAACAAAGAUACCAUUCACAUCAGUCGGUGCACUGCACUUUGGGACACGCUCCGGUUCAAUUCUGGAAGUUUGAUGAUUGCUUUCUACCUUCUGUGCCUGUCUUACGUAACCGUAUUGGAGAGCAUGGAUUGGGAUUACACUGCUAUUCCUACAGGCGAUGAUCUACUUUCCAAUGCACUGUUCGCUGGGCCGCCUGCGCUCAUGGCCUUGUUUGCAGUUGUAGUGCCAAUCAUUUUGAAUCCAUACAUUCUUGGAUGGCCGUUCUAUCCACCAUUUGGUGGAUUGUGUGGGAAGAAGAAAGAAGUCAGUGGUAGGGAUGAUUGGAAGCUAAGCAAGAACAAGAGAACAAAGAGUGGCAAAGUCGUCGAUCUGAAUACCUUCAUGACAUCGGUACAAGCAGAACAGAAGCUUGAGAAAGAAAUCGGAAGAGUGCAGAACAAACCUGACGUUGAGCUAGGAAGUUUGGCCACCUAUGAACAAGGUGGCAGAUUCCCAAUGUCAGUCGCAACAAGUCCAUAUUCCCCAGAGACCACGAGACAGCUAGCUCUCAAAUCAUCAUCACAACCAUUGAUUCAGAGAGCACAUUCCGGGCAACCAAAAGCAAAACCAAGAAGACCAAAUAACGUCAAGGCUAUGAUAUAA